GAUGAUGAGGUUUCUAAGGAUGGAGUGGGCAUUCAAUUUAAACCCUACAUGACAUCAUUUCAUUUCAACAAUAUUCAAAACUAAGCCUUUUGUGUCUCUUAAUAUCUUGUCAAAUGUUGUCUUUCUCCUUUCUUUUCUAUACUGAUCACUUCCCAAAUACUGUUCCAAAAAUCUCACUCUGCCCUUUGAACCAAUCAAGAUAACUCUUCAAAAUAUAGAUUUUUUGCAAUAGUUAUCUGAUAUAGGGUAGACCAAGAAAAGGGAAGGAGAGGUAAAAAUCAAACCCAGAUACAUGUUUCAACUGAGAUAAGAUUCGGUUCUCGCAAUAGCUUCUAAUGUAAAAAAGUGAGGGGCUUAGUGUAUUUUGGAAUAAUAUAUUGAUGAGGGUUAUGUUGGGGAAAAUUCAAUGCUCUUUCAUAUGCUUCUGCAAACCCUCUUCUCAAAUAUACACACCAAGGCCUUUUAGAUUGGAAAACACCCCACAAACAACGGAACAGAUCCAGACUCAGACCCAGACUCAGACCCAGACCCAGACCCAGACCCAGACGCAAACUCAGACUGUAACAAAUGAAUCAUGUAUGUCUGAGUAUGAUGCAACAGAAGUCAAUGAAAGUGAGGAUGGCAUUGGCAUUACCAACCACAACCAGAAUCCUGGUUGCCUUCAAAGCUGUCUGACAAAAUCAUCCUCACAGAAAUCAGAACCUGCAACAUGUGUAACUACAUCUAACACUGCAAGUGCACAAAAAAAGAAAGUUCAAUGGUUGGAUUUCUUAGGUAAGGAGCUUGCUCAGAUCAGGGAAUUUGAGUCCAGUGAACCGGAAGAAACAGAAUAUGAAAAUGUAAAGAGCAGAGGAUGUGUGUGUAGUAUACUAUGAUUGAGACGGUUGAUCCAUCUCUUCUACCAAAGGCGAAUUCAAAUUAUAUGGCAAACCGAACACUUAUCACUACA